CGGAUUUAAUUAUUUAAACGAAUAAUUUUCUAUCAACCGUAAAGUUGGCAACAACUGUGCUAGUGGAUGCCCGUGCUAGCAGCACGUGCAAUUGUUUUUACUUUUGAAUUUAACAAUGGAACACACAGAUAUCCCCGAGCUUAUUGAUGAGAAGGUCACUAGUGAAUGUGCUAGUUCUAAUGGUAAUAGCGAUAAUGAUGGCGACUUCAGCGAUUUUGAUGAGGAAAUGGAUACGGAGGCCGUCCAGUGUUUAUUCUGCGAACAACAAUUGUCAUCUGUGGAAUCUGGCAUGGAACACUUAGAUAAGAUGCAUGGUAUUGACUUUCAUAGACUGAAACUCAAAUUCCAUAUGGAUCAGUACUCAUUCCUUAAGUUGAUAAAUUGUAUUCGUAGCGAGAAUGUGCCUGCGGAAAAAAUUAUAGCUGCAAAAGAACCAUUUUGGAACGACGAGAAAUAUUUAAAGCCAAAAGAAUACGAAGCAUGGCUAUGUUAUGAUUACGAUGAAAUGCAACUUGCGAAUGUCGAAAACCACGAAAGCACGAAUAGCUCAGAUCCAAAACCAUCUUUAAAUGUUUUAGAAGAAAGAGUUCGGGAGCUAGAGGAGUUGCUUCAACGCGCAAGAGAAGAUAUGGCGAAGAUGCGCGCUGGUUUCCAACGGCUAUUAGAUAAAGAGCCAACUCCUUUAGCUACCAUGCGAAAUGGAAAGUUAAAGGCGCUAAAUUCCGUAGCAGCCGUUUCCGUGGAAGCGGAUAGUGGCUAUUUCAGUAGUUAUGCACACUUCGGCAUACAUCAUGAAAUGUUGUCGGAUGUUGUGCGAACAACAAGUUAUCGUGACGCAUUACUUUUGAAUAAAGGUUUCGUUAACGGUAAAGAUGUGCUUGAUGUUGGCUGUGGUACUUCGAUUCUCUCAAUUUUCGCGUCGCAGGCCGGUGCCAAAUGUGUAAUUGGAAUAGAUAACUCCGAUAUAAUCUACAAUGCUAUGGAUAUAGUAAAGCGAAAUAACAUCAGCAAUGUUACGCUGAUAAAAGGACGUCUAGAAGAUACUACACUGCCACAAGAAAAAUUCGACAUCAUAAUUUCUGAGUGGAUGGGCUAUUUUCUUUUGUUCGAAGGAAUGUUGGACAGUGUGAUUUAUGCGCGCGACACGCACCUGAAAGAUGGUGGAAUGUUGCUUCCAAAUAGAUGCACAAUGAGCAUAGUUGGUUAUGGCAGUGAAUCACUUUAUCAGCAACAAGUUAAGUUCUGGGAUGAUGUAUAUGGCCUAAAUAUGUCAAAUAUGCGAAAAGAGGUAUUGCAUGAACCUCUUAUCGACGUGGUUGAUUCUCAACACAUACUCACUGAACCAAAUCUAAUAGCAGACUUAAACCUGCAAAAAGUCGACUUAAAUUAUUCUAAUUUCACGUACGAAAUCCAUCUCAAUUGUACAAAGGACGGCGAAUUAUCUGCUUUUGUAGGUUACUUCGAUACUUAUUUCGAUCUGCCUGUGCCAGUUUCGUUUAGUACUUCGCCCAACAGCAAGCCAACGCAUUGGAAACAGGUGGUAUUCUUCUUAGAACGACCACAGAAAGUAAAAGUUGGGGAUACUGUCAAAGGGCAACUGAUAUGUCGUCGUAGUCGUAAUAGCGCCCGAUCUCUGGAUAUAACAAUAGAAGCUUUCGGGAAGAAGCACUCCUACUAUCUGGACUAAUAAUAACUACUGAGAUACUACCUGAUUUACCUGGGCCUAAACUUAUAUAGAUGCAUUUCAAAUCCAUUAUUCAUUUUGUUGGAAAGAUAUUAAACCGUAAAAUACAUGUUUUAUACAAUAUA